ACUUCUUGUUGCCCUAAUGAAAGAAAUACAGCAUAAGCCAUGCUGCAUGCGCUAUAGGUUAGGUACUAGGUACGUACAUAGGUUCGUCACAUAUGACGGUCAUGCUAUCAGCUGUCAGAAAUGAGAAGGAGGAACCGAUAAAAUAAGCAGCCACCACCUGGGCAACCUCCCGGGCUGAAUUAUUCUGAGGAUGUGCCCGACCAUAUAUGUACCUACCUAGGUAUAUAUGUACCCGCCCGUAGUCAGGAAAGUGAGAGCCUCGUUUGUUUUUGUUUUUUUAUGAUUUGCGCAUCUCUACAUGAAUCCAAGUUUCUACAAUGACUUCGAGACCGCACAGCUGCCCGCAUCGCAUCAUAGGCCCCAUUUUAACGAGAGAGGAAGAGAGCCAGGACCUGAUAAACCAAGACAACUCUACCGAAAACAACUCUACCGGAAUCGGUGAGUAUCACGAAAAUGUACCAGAGGCAGAAUCUUUCUUACGGGGCCAGAGCGAUUCAAGCAAUGAAUUCGCCAGCCGGGAGAUCCUCAAGAAGUUCAUACCCGAGCUGGACCCAGAUGAUGAACGAGCGCAAACGCUGCGAGUAAAAAUGGCUAAAAGGGCUAACAUGCUAAAAAUACAAAUGGGGCUCGCUAGUUUUGUUGCUAUUGUCGUUAUUAUUUUCCUCAUAUGGGCCAUUAAGAGCUCUCCGCCCGACGUCAGUGGUGUCGGCACCUUCACAACUGGAACUUGCUCAACAAUUGAGACCAUCAACGGUGCUCUUCAUGUGGGCCUCAAUAUUUUAUCAUCUCUUCUAUUAGGCGCCGGAAACUAUUGCAUGCAAAUCCUGGUAGCGCCAUCACGGCGUGAGAUUGAUGCAGCACACUCAGCAGGAACUUCCUUAGCGAUCGGCGUACCAAGUAUCAAGAAUCUAAGAUAUAUCAACCUCAAAAGAAAAGUUAUUUGGUUCUUAUUGGGGACAUCUGCAACUUUUCUACACCUCGUAUGGAACUCGGCCUUUUUUUCGUCAAUCCCCAUUGCUUCGUAUCCCUGGGCAUUCGCCACAAGCGACUAUUUUGUAGCGACUGAUGAUUGGUGGCAAGCACACCCAUUCGCUCAUCAUUGGGAUCCUCCUCCUGCGGUUGCUCUUCAUAGUGAGCUUCAGAAUGCGUCCCUAGUCUUUUCAUUACAAGAGCUAGGUAAACGUUUCAAGAGACUAGAGAAAGAAGAAUGCAUGAAGGCCUAUAUUGACCCACUCCAAUCGACUGCUGCUCUUGUAUUGGUCGCCUCCAAUAUGACGUCAAGCGAAAAUAACGGCUCUUCUCUUAUCACCGGAUUCAUUUCUGGAUGGGAGUAUAAAUAUGCGGAAUGGGGGAAAUCGAAUUUUUGGAUAUGUGCCGCUUACCAACAGACUCGAUGGUGUGAUUUGCAAUGGGCGGAAACAUUUGUCGAUCAAUGGGUAUACGGCUCCCCCAACAUUGACUUGCCCUAUGUCGGAGUUGAUUACUGUUUGGUUGGCGAAUCUGGUGACAAUACUUCACGUUGCGGUCUACAUUACAAUGUAACCCUGGUUGGCAUUGUAUCUGCUCUCACGCUAUUUGAAAGCCUUCUAAUAUUCUCUGUCUGGAUUUUACAUCACAGACAGCUAAUAAUUCGUGGACUAUCUAGGACUAGGGAUAGCUACGGUGCUGAAACGAUGGUCACCAUGGGUGACGCUAUUGGAGACUUUCUAAGAGAACAUUCCGACAUCAUGCCUAGAAGGUUCUACGGUAUUGGCGACACAGAUAUUCGCGAGGCGCUAUGGCGCUCAAAGACUAAUACAUCAUGGUUCCAUGCUACCAGCAAAUCAACUUGGAUGGUAUCAAUGACAGUCUUCAUCGUCGCAUUGGCCGUCCCUUCAACUUUACUUGGGACAGGCCUAAUGACCCUAAUAAAGAAAAAGGGGAUUUAUAUGAGCCCAGCUAAAAUUUGGGAAUACGGCUUCCAAGUGAAAGAGCCACAGUUAGUCACUUCAAACCUUUUUAAGUCUACCACGGCGUCAAACGACUUGAUCAGCAAGGUUGUCUUCGCCAACUCCUUCCAGCUUCUGCUCAGCUUUGUAUAUCUAUUCUAUAACAACAUCCUAACACAUCAGCUGGUGGGAGAUGAGUGGGUACGAUUUCUAAGAAAGGACGGCAAGAAACCCUUGCGCGUUUCGACGCCCGUCGGCAUGCAACGCUCAUCAUACAUUUUGUCAUUGCCAUUGAGCUAUUCGAUUCCCUUGAUGGGAGUAUUCAUGCUUUUUCAUUGGGUUAUCUCCCAGAGCGUCUUCUUGGUACGGACAAUGACAUUUACCAAUGGGCCUCGAGCUGUUCGUCUACCUACGUAUGAUCAGUCUGUGGUUGGGUUCUCCACUCUUGGAAUAAUCCUCUCGCUUUUUCUAGGGGUCAUUCUUGUUGGAUCUCUCCUUGUCAAUUCCUGGCUGCGGAAAUAUAAGGACAUCCCAACUGAGUUCGCGACUAUGGGCACUAGCAGUGCUGCCAUUGGUGUUGUGUGUCGCCCUCCCGUACAGGACAAGGACUCCCGGUUCUUCCCAUUACACAUGGGUAUCUUGGAAGAUCACACGUCCGACACUUAUGGCACACGGUUUUAUCUAACAUUUUCUACUUCGAUCAAUCUCAGACCGCCACAGGCCGAUGAAUAUUAUUGGAUUCCAGUCAAGAGAACCCGUCAGUAAAUUGUAAGUAUUUUUUAUCUCACGGGACCAGAAGACUGUAAACAAAGUCCCAUAUGGUUCAGACACCUGACAGCGCAUUGGUGUGCGACUACGCGAAGCAAGUAGGUUCGAAUCCUGCUAUGUGAUCUUAAGCAACGGUCCGAUCUUAGGUUUUUCAUUCUGCUUCGGGGGUGAUACUCUUUAAAUAUACUACGUUCCUUUGCGAUUUACCUAAAAUAAUGCCUACUUAUUUGUAUGUAUGCCUUAAUAACCAUUGUUAAGGAUGUUAAGGAUGUGCAAUAGUAUCAGUUGUUUCAUAGGGUUAUCUCUAUGUUCCCAUCAAAUAAUAACUCUUGAAGAAUACCUCAGAUGCAAAACACGAGUUCUUGAAGCGCAAAUUCUACCUUUGAACUAUUACAAGCCAACAUUUGCUUGCUUGAAGAAACAAGGUAGUUUGGAGGAUAAAAAUAUACAGUCUUUCAUUACUAGUUUCAUACUAUUAAAAUAACUUAUAAUAAAUUUAUUAAACGUUUUAAAGUUGUUUAAAAGGG